GCGCAGCUCGGGCGGCGAUCCGCAGCCGCGCCCGGCCCGGCCGCUCGGCUCGGCUCGGCAGGCUGGCAGCGAGAGGGAAGCAGGAGGAAGCGGAGGGAAGCAGGAGGCGGCAGCGGCAGCAGCAGCCCGGGGGAAAAAGCCGCUCCCCAGCCACCGCUUCCCUGGAAUAGGGAGGAAGGUAUGCUUCAGCCACUGCAGACAAGGAGCAAUACCAAGUUUGGAAGCUUCUCUUAUUUGAAGAUCAGCAGUAAACAGACUGAAGGAUUUGCCACGUCGUGACUGAAGGUAGAAGGAAAAAAAAAAAACCUGCAAGGAGAUCAGCCCAGCAGCAGAUAUUCCACACUUGUGGAAUCCAAAGGCUUUGGGGGAUCUUUUUUACACUUCCAGAAGAACAAAUAACUCUGCCACACGUCCAUAAUUGUGUCCCCUGAAGUCUGGUAGCAGCUGUAGUGUCGAUGGCUCAGCUUCCUCCUGGGAUCCGUUUCAUCACUUCAUUCUCACGAGAUCAGUGGUAUAGAGCUUUCAUUUUCUCUCUCACUUUCCUGCUGUAUGCCAGCUUCCAUCUAUCAAGGAAGCCUAUCAGUAUAGUGAAGGGAGAGCUGCAUAAGCAUUGUGCAAGUCAAGUUGAACUUGACUCCUACAAAGAAUAUGCUGCCCAGAUCCAGCCUGUCAAAAAGCCAUUUAAUGCCUCUCAGUGUGGAUGGGAGCCAUUUGAUAAGAGCAACUACAAACAGCUGCUGGGAGCACUGGAUUACUCAUUUUUGUGUGCAUAUGCAGUUGGGAUGUAUUUAAGUGGACUCAUCGGAGAGCGGCUGCCCAUCCGCUACUAUCUGACAGGGGGCAUGCUCGCCAGUGGACUCUUCACUGCAAUGUUUGGAUUGGGUUAUUUCUAUAAUGUGCAUAAUCUGUGGUUUUACAUCAUGGCCCAGAUAGCCAAUGGGCUGGUGCAGACCACUGGCUGGCCGAGUGUCGUUACGUGUAUUGGCAACUGGUUUGGAAAAGGAAGGAGAGGUUUGAUCAUGGGAGUCUGGAAUUCACACACUUCAGUGGGGAACAUCUUGGGAUCCUUGAUUGCUGCUUACUGGGUGUCCACGUGCUGGGGUCUCUCCUUUGUGGUGCCUGGGGUCAUCGUGGCUGUCAUGGGGGUUGUUUGUUUCCUGCUCCUUAUUGAACAUCCUAAAGAUGUCAGUUGCUCCUGCACACCGUCCAGUAGUUCUAAAACCUUCCUGAAUGGUGCCUCUCGGUGCAGAAUCCAGAUGCCAACCUUAAAUGCUAAGGAAAAUGGCAAACCUCAGGUAAAAUAUAAAAUACUGCUCAAAAAUAGCAUGGAAGACUUCUUAAGGCUCACAUGAAACAUCUGCAGUUUGUAAAGAUGAUUCCUCUUUUUAUGAUGCUGAAAUCUGCUUCCAUCUUCACACACAAAUGUAACUUCAGAGGAGGGAACUAAGCCUUAACUGCCAUAAAUAAUGCAAACUAAGCUGUGUGAGAUGGCAGUGCUAGCUCAAUUUUGUGGGUAUUUUGUGAUCUUGACACCAUUCCAUCAAAAAUAAUG